GCAGUCGAACACAGGAGCAGGUUACCAGAGAGUUUCCGACCCCUCAAUCACAAGUCCUGGAGGUGGAGGAGCAGUUCUGUUCAUGAAAGAGCCCUACAGUACGCGAUAGGUGAACAAAUCCACGGGUUCACCGUACAGCAGGUGACAGCUGUUCCUGAGCUAUUCCUAACUGCAGUGAAACUUAGCCAUGAGGAUACAGGAGCCAAAUAUUUACAUGUGGCACGAGAAGACUCCAAUAACCUAUUCAGUGUGCAGUUUCGUACCACUCCAAUGGACAGCACUGGCGUCCCACACAUCCUUGAGCAUACUGUUCUUUGUGGCUCCCAAAAAUAUCCCUGCAGAGAUCCAUUCUUUAAAAUGUUAAACAGGUCACUGUCCACUUUCAUGAAUGCAUUCACAGCCAGUGAUUAUACGCUCUACCCUUUUUCCACACAAAAUCCAAAGGAUUUUCAGAAUCUCCUGUCUGUGUAUUUGGAUGCUGCUUUCUUCCCAUGUCUACGACAGCUAGAUUUCUGGCAAGAAGGUUGGAGGCUAGAACAUGAGAAUCCAUAUGAUCCUCAGACACCACUAGUCUUCAAAGGAGUUGUUUUUAAUGAAAUGAAGGGGGCAUUUACAGACAAUGAGAGAGUAUUCUCACAACAUCUACAGAAUAAACUCCUUCCUGAUCACACUUAUGCUGUUAUAUCUGGUGGAGAUCCCUUGAAUAUUCCUGAUCUUACGUGGGAGCAGCUUAAACAGUUUCAUGCCAGUCAUUAUCAUCCAAGCAAUGCUAGGUUUUUCACUUAUGGAAACUUCCCCUUGGAGCAACAUUUAAAACAAAUUCAUGAGGAAGCAUUGAUUAAGUUUCAGAAAAUUGAACCUAACACUGCUAUUCCAAAACAGCAACUCUGGGAUAAGCCUAGAGAACAUCAUGUGACAUGUGGCUUAGAUUCAUUUGCUUCAGAUCCUACUAAGCAGACAACUGUCAGUGUCAGCUGCUUGUUGUCAGACAUUACAGAUACUUUUGAAAACUUUACCUUAAACCUGCUGUCUUCCUUGUUGGUUGGUGGACCUAAUUCUCCCUUUUAUAAAGCCUUAAUAGAGGCCAACAUUGGUACAGAUUUUUCUCCUGAUGUUGGGUUUAAUGGCUACACAAAAGAAGCUUACUUCAGCGUGGGUCUGCAAGGAAUUGCUGAGAGAGACAUUGAAACUGUCAAACAAAUUAUUGCUAGAACAAUUGAUGAUGUUAUUGAGAAAGGUUUUGAGGAAGAUAAGAUUGAAGCUCUGCUUCACAAAAUUGAAAUCCAGCUGAAGCAUCAGUCUACUAGUUUUGGGCUUUCCUUGACAUCAUACAUAGCCUCCUGUUGGAAUCACGAUGGGGAACCUCUAGAACUUCUGAAGGUUGCAGAGAAAGUGUCUCAGUUCAGACAGUGCUUGAAGGAAAAUCCAGCAUUUCUUCAAGAAAAAGUUAAACGGUAUUUUAAGGAUAAUCCACAUAGGUUAACUCUUUCAAUGAGUCCAGAUGAAGCCUAUUAUGACAAACAAGCCAAAACUGAAGCAGAAAAACUGAAGCAAAAAGUCAACGCUCUUUCUGAAGAACAGAAGAAACAAAUAUAUGAGAAAGGGCUGGAAUUAAUUGCACUUCAAAGCAAACCUCAGGAUACUUCCUGUCUCCCAGCUCUAAAAGUGUCUGACAUUGAGCCCACGAUCCCAUUAACUAAGUUGGAAACAGCAUUUGCAGCUGAUGAAGUCCCUGUCCAGUACUGUGCACAGCCAACCAAUGGGGUGGUCUAUUUCCGAGCUGUUUCCAGCCUGAAUACACUUCCAGAGGAACUCAAACCAUAUGUGCCACUCUUCUGCAAUGUCAUUACUAAAAUGGGAUGUGGAGCCCUUGAUUACAGAGAACAAGCCCAGCAAAUAGAGCUGAAAACUGGAAGGAUGUCCGUUAGCCCACAUAUCAUUCCAGAUGAUUCACACCUGGAUGUAUAUGAGCAGGGUGUGCUCUUUUCAUCUCUGUGCUUGGAUAGAAAUCUGCCAGACAUGAUGCAUUUAUGGAGUGAAAUAUUUAACAACCCACGGUUUGAAGAAGAGGAGCAUUUUAAGGUGCUGGUUAAGAUGAUUGCUCAAGAGCUGUCAAAUGGUAUUCCUGAUUCUGGACAUCUCUAUGCUUCUGUUAGAGCUAGCAAAACCCUUACACCUGCUGGAGAGUUACAGGAAAUGUUUACUGGGAUGGAUCAGGUGAAAUUGAUGAAGCGAAUUGCAGAAAUGUCUGACGUUAAACCAAUAUUGCGCAAGCUUCCAAGGAUAAAGAAAUAUUUAUUAAACAGUGAUAACAUGAGAUGUUCAGUGAAUGCUACACCUCAACAGAUGGCCCAAGCAUCGAAAGAAGUAGAAAAAUUUAUAAAGGGCAUCACUAGAAGUAAAAAAGAGAGAAGACCUGUUCGACCCCACGUGAUUGAGAAGUAUUCGGAGCCCAAAGCUACUGGAAGUGAAACGCUUAAUUGCUCACAAAUCCCAAGGAAACUAAUUACAGAACCAACUUUCCAGCCAUGUCAGAUGAAGACCCAUUUUAUCCUUUCUUUCCCUGUGAAUUAUAUCGGUGAAUGCAUUCGCACAGUUCCUUACACGGCACAAGACUAUGCCAGCCUUCAGAUCCUCGCACGGUUGAUGACAGCUAAAUUCCUGCAUAGAGAAAUUAGAGAGAAAGGAGGAGCUUAUGGUGGUGGAGCCAAACUCAGUCACAGCGGUGUACUCACUUUCUACUCUUACCGAGAUCCAAAUUCUUUAGCAACCUUGACAACUUUUGAAAAAGCAGCUGACUGGGUAAAAUCUGGAGACUUCACACAGCAGGACAUUGACGAAGCCAAGCUGGCGGUGUUUGCAGCUGUGGAUGCUCCUACCGCUCCUUCGGACAAAGGAAUGGAUCACUUCUUGUUUGGGAUCUCUGAUGAGAUGAAGCAGACGCACAGGGAACAGCUUUUUGCUGUGAGCCGUGAAAACCUGAUGGAUGUGGCAAACAAAUACCUGGCAGCUGGGAAGAGCACACGAGGUCUAGCUAUCCUGGGCCCAGAAAACGCAGACAUUGCCAAAGAUCCCUCAUGGGUCAAGCGAUGAGUUAGUGCUGAGCAUCUGGCUUCAACUCCAAAACAAGCGGAUUCACAUGACCUUAAUGAGUAUUAGAAUUUUUUAUUUUUAAGCCUGUGAUGGUCCAAGUUGUUGUUACAACUUCUGCUCCACAUGCAACAAGCCAUUUGGCUGCCUUUUCUCCAGUAACCCAUGAGUUUUGAUUCAACUAUGUGAAGGAAGAUUUGGCUUUACAGUUGCCUAGGAUUUCAAAGUGAAAGCUACCUGAUCAUCUAUGGUUUGGUUUCUACCUAUUGACUAACCUCAGUGGCACAAGUGCAAGCUAUAUAAAUGAAAUAUUUUUGUAAAAGUAGAACUUGAACCAUGUUUAUUUGAAAUCAUGCCUGUUACAGUGUCUUUUUAAACAUCAGCUGUUGGAUAUAAAGAGCUUUAAGUAUUAAACUGGUCCUUUGUAGUUCUUUCUUGGUACAAUUAAUUUUUCACAGCAUAACAAGAUAGGAAACUUUAAGUUUUGCAUCAUUGUAGGGCUGUUGGUUCAAUAGACUAUUUGUACUACUAUUUGGUAGUUUGAGGACAUGGAUAAAUGCUCAGGUUUUGUGCCGUAUAUUACAUGACUACUACCUAUAACAGCAGUUCCCCACAACCAUGCUUCCCCUGUAG